CGCUCUUCUGUAUGAGUGAUGGCGGAGGACAGCGAGUCUGCAGCCAGCCAGCAGAGCCUGGAACUGGAUGAUCAGGAUACCUGCGGGAUAGACGGCGAUAACGAGGAGGAAAAUGAACACACACAGGGGAGUCCUGCUGGAGACCUUGGUGCAAAGAAAAAAAAGAAGAAACAGAAGAGGAAGAAAGAAAAACCUAGCUCAGGAGGAACCAAAUCUGAUUCCGCCUCUGAUUCUCAGGAGAUAAAGAAUCCAGCCAUUCCCAUGCAAAAGCUGCAGGACAUUCAGAGAGCCAUGGAGCUUCUGUCCACCUGUCAAGGACCUGCCAAGAGUAUAGACGAGGCCACUAAGCACAAGUACCAGUUUUGGGACACCCAGCCUGUUCCUAAAAUUGACGAGGUGGUGACUACUCAUGGGCCGAUUGAGCCGGAUAAGGAAAAUGUCCGACAGGAGCCAUAUUCCCUCCCACAAGGGUUUAUGUGGGACACACUGGAUCUCAGUAAUGCGGAAGUGCUGAAGGAGCUGUACACGUUGCUGAAUGAAAAUUAUGUCGAGGAUGAUGACAACAUGUUUAGAUUUGAUUAUUCUCCAAACUUUCUCAAAUGGGCACUGCGCCCACCUGGCUGGCUGCCUCAUUGGCACUGUGGUGUAAGAGUCUCAUCCAACAAGAAGCUUGUGGGCUUCAUCAGCGCCAUUCCUGCAGACAUUCACAUCUACGACAUGUUAAAGAAGAUGGUAGAGAUCAAUUUUCUGUGUGUGCAUAAAAAGCUUCGCUCCAAGCGUGUUGCUCCGGUUCUUAUCCGGGAGAUCACACGCAGGGUCAACCUCGAGGGCAUUUUCCAGGCCGUGUACACCGCCGGGGUGGUACUGCCCAAACCGGUUUCCACAUGCAGGUAUUGGCAUCGCUCUUUAAACCCCAGGAAGCUUGUUGAGGUUAAAUUUUCUCACCUGAGCAGAAACAUGACACUACAAAGAACCAUGAAACUCUACAGGUUACCUGAUAACACACGUACACCAGGGCUGAGGCAGAUGACGGUUGGUGACGUGAAGCCGGUGACCGAGCUGCUGCAGAGAUACCUGGGCCAGUUUAACCUGCGACCUGUCAUGGGAGAGGAAGAGGUGCAGCACUGGUUUCUACCACAGGAGAACAUUAUCGACACAUACGUGGUAGAGGGUCCAGGAGGCAUGCUGACCGACUUAAUCAGCUUUUACACACUGCCAUCCACAGUGAUGCACCACCCGCUGCACAAAAGCCUAAAAGCAGCGUAUUCCUUUUAUAAUGUCCACACAGAGACUCCGCUGAUUGACCUGAUGAACGAUGCGCUCAUCCUUGCUAAACUGAAAGGCUUUGAUGUAUUUAAUGCUCUGGAUUUAAUGGAGAAUAAGACUUUUUUGGAAAAACUCAAGUUUGGAAUCGGAGAUGGAAACCUUCAGUAUUACCUGUACAACUGGAAAUGUCCUGCCAUGGACCCAGAGAAGGUCGGUCUCGUACUACAGUAACCGGCUGCGACACUCACGGCUCUGCAGGACACACGAGGUAGUGAGACCACGUAAAAAACAACCACAAAGAAGCAAAUCCAUUCAGUGAAUGAGUUCCAUCGUGCAGCUCUACUAGAUCUCAUUUUUAUUAGGAGAGUUUCUCUCUCUUUCACCUGAAUGUGAAACUCAUCAGCUUCAGAUCGACUCCUUCAUGCUGAAAACACAUAAUUACACACAUUCAGUUUUUCUCAAGACAUGCAUUUUAUAAAAAUACACAUACAUGACACACACAUCGUUUUCAGUUUAAACCUCAACCCUCCCUUCC